CCUGCUGAUAGAGAUUUGAACUAUUUGAUGAAGUAAAGUACUCAUCUCGGACGGUUCUUCUUUUUCAUCUUCACGUUCUUGAAGCCGUCUUUCUUGAAAGAGUUGCAAGAUGCCGAUGUUUUGCGCAAAGUUUUUCGGUCGGUUCAAGGACGAGCAUGCGGAUUCUGGGAACGAAUCGGACGAAGACAAGACCGCGAAGAAGAAGCCGGCAAAAAAGGCCACAGAGAAGAAGAAGGGAGGUGCCUCCACCAUUGCGCUGGCACCGUACAUGGCACCCUUGCGGGUGCAGGUGACCAGGGAUGGCAACACGGUAAAGAAGAUCAUCGCCUGGCGGUCAAGAGUCAUAGCUUUUCUCACUUCUCGAAGGAUGUCAUGCGUUUGUCCCGUUUUUUUAACACUUGAGACUUUCGUUUUGGUGGACCCGUGGUUCGUUGUUUUUGCCUACGACUAGCUCUAGCACGACUAGUACGACUCAUGUUUUCCCACAGGUAACUCAAGAAUUGCUCCGCAUCCGCGCGGAGAACAAGAAAAAAGACUUCAGCAGCGACAUGGUGGAGGCCAUUUCCGAGCUCCCCAAGGUGCACACCAUUGAGAUCACGAAAUGCGGGGUGAAUACCCUUCCCAAGCGGCUCACCGAGAUGUAUGACCUGCGGAUUGUGAAAAUAAGCGGCCAUGCGUUGAAAACAGUGGACAUGCGGCUUGGCCAGGUGGAGUACUUGGAGGAGCUCCAUCUCGAUAAUGGGUUAAUCAAGGCCAUCGAGCCGAGGACUUUUGCCGCGGAACGGUUUGCCAACCUUUCUGUGUUGAACUUGAAGGGAAAUCAACUGGUUUUCCUCCCCCAGGACUUCGCGUUUUACACGAGCAAAUUGGAGUAUCUGGACCUGUCAGAGAACAAACUGGUGCAGCUGCCGGAAAGUUUGUUUCUCGGAAAGUGCAAACUCGUGCUGCAAGUUCUUCUGCUGGAUCACAACAACCUCCAAACGCUCCCAGAGUCGAUCGAGAACGCCAAGCAGCUGCGAAAACUGUUUCUCUCCUUCAACAAUUUGACGUCGUUGCCCUCCGGACUGGGCGGGUGUGUCCAGUUGGAGAAACUUCGGUUGGUGCAGAACCAGCUGGAGAAGCUCCCGUUUUCGAUCUUGAAGAUCAAGGACAACCUGAACGAAGUUUUGGUCGACCGGAACCCGUUGAAAAUGCCGAGUUUGACGUCCUUCAAGAUGGGCGGGCUCACCAUGGCAUGGCGCUUGCUGGCGGAAGAGCAAGAAAAUGUCGAGAAGGCGAAGAAAAAGCAGAAACAGGAGGAGGAGAUGGCGGCAAUUGGCUUAACCUUUGGCGAUGACGGAGACCAACAGGAUUCCGGCGGAGGCAUGAAAAACGCGAUAAAGGACGCGACCGCCGCAGCUGCUGACCCGGCCACCGCGGGAGCAAGCUCAUCAGGUAGCAAGGAAAACGCAGGAGCAACGACGGCAAGCAGCAAGGAAGGUGGAUCAGCUUCGGCCAGCGGUGGAGGUGCACCAGGUCCAUCCGGAGGAGCGGCUGCAGAACCUUCUACCUCGAAGGUAACAACCUCGCCCUCGUCCACCAAGCAUCAUCCAAAGGCGAAGUCUAACUCCAUUACGGACCGCUACUACUUUCUCGGCGUCGAGGAUCGCGUUGCGGAAAUCCGGCAGAUGGAAAACACCUUGCUUCUGCAGAAGAAAAAGGCCGGCAUCGACAUCGUGCAGAAGGAAGCCAAGCAAAGACUGGAGGACCCUGCGUCGAAAGACAACCUCUCCGAGGAGGAACGCGAGCACCUCAUGUUCCUCUCCACCUGCGACGUUUCGACGUACACGGAAAAAAUCGCCGUCGCGGAAGUGGAUCUCUACCUGUACCUCCUCGUAUACGCGACGAAGCCGCUCUACUCCACCUGCCCAAUCCUUUUCGACCGGUUUGACACCGGCGACACUGGGUACCUAUCCGAGCCGGAGUUCCGGAACUUCGUCGUGAAAAUCCCCAUCACGUUGCCUGACCACAUCGAGAAGCAAAUGUGGAACAUUUUCCGCCAGGGCGGCAACACGGUCAAGCUCGAGGUUUUCAUCGCGGUGUAUCACUUGCACGAGUUGCAGGAGAAAGACCCGCAGAUCAGCAGGAUAACGCAGUUGAUGGACCUCGAUUACUACGACAUGGACGUGGCGGAGAUGGAGCGCAGACUGUCCGCGAAGUCGUCCGGUGAUGCGGCGCCCACUCUCGAUUUCAACGCGGCCGCGGGGUCGGGCGAGUCCGUCGCGAUGCACAAGGACGAGGGUGAGGGCGGACACUUGAAAACCGGGAAAAAGAAUGACAAAACGGACGACCAGCUGCUGCAGAACGCCUCGAACCAGAAAGCGAGGCAGUUGUCGGACAUUCCGGUCUUUUUGGACGCGACCCAAUACCUGUCGAAGCAACUGGCCAAGGAAGACGGGGAGUCCGACGACGACUUGUCGGAAGUGGAACUGCAUUCGGACGACCUGAGCGACGGCAACGAGGACUUCAGCAGCGACGAAUCGUUUGAUGCUUUGGACCAUUUGAGCACCUUGGAGGUGGUGAACGACGAGGACGUCGAAAACAACGCUGGGUCAGGCGGUGGUGGUCCUGUACCUUCCGCUGCUCCAAAACCGCCUGUAAUCGACGACGACGACGAGCACUUUCAGGUUUCCAGUGAGCUGGACCUUGCGAAGAUGAUGUCGAUGGCGAUCGAGCAGGUUUUGCCCGCGAAGUACUUGACGACGGUGGAGAAGCACCGACAAACCAACUUCGGCGCAGGAGCUGCGAGUGGGCCAAGCAGUCCGACGGGCGGUGGCACGGGCGGCGCAGCAGGUGGGGGCAAAGGACACGGCGCGGAUGAUGCCAAAGCUGCAGCGGAAAAGAAGAAGAAACAGCAAAACGCGGGAGGAGCAGGCGGCGCGGCACGCAAGCGGCGAAAGAAAAAAAGAAAAUCGCAACUCGACGCUGACGGUUUGACCGGGCCCAUGGAUCGGAGGUUUCGCACGGAUGUGCUGCAGGUCCGGAAGAGCUUGCGAAAGGUGUACCGAAAUCUGCCGCAGGAGUCGUUCGAACGGGCGGUCAACUACAUUUUGAAGUCGUUGAGGUACAUGAAAUCCGAGAAAACUGAAACCGCGACCUACUGGUAAGCUUGUACACAAUGUUGAUGUUCGUCAUGAGUCUCUCACCAGACGCACACUCACAUGAAUCUCUCCAUAGCUAUUGUUCUGGUUCUGCCUCGACCAGGUACUAGAGAUGAGAGGCGAAAAGAGCAGGAGUCAACAAAUCUUUGUGAAUUUUUCUUCGCGGCAACACACUACAACUUAAGCUUCAUUUUCUCUUUCUGUUUGGAAUGAAAUAAUCAUAUUAAACUACCAGGCACGCAUUUGACCCUACCUUCAAGAACUCGCUGGGUAGCAACGUUUACUGCGUGCAAUUGCUAGAGGCAAUGGGCUUCCUCCGACUGAUGAACAUGUACUGGGUGUGGCCAUGCAUCCAUCUCGCUGCAUGUGGACCCACCUCUUGGCUAUGAUAAAGCAAACACCUCCCAGUGGCCGCUGCUGUUCUAGCCAGCACGUCGUGCCGCAUUCCUGAAUCUGACAGAUGGAGCUGUUGCUUCUGCGCAUGAUAGUUCCAACGUACUACACAAGCACCAGAUGAGUUGAUGUAUAGAGUUAGUCGAUCGCCGAAGACAUUGAUUUAUCUGUCUCUGUGGUCAUGGAUACGGAGUGAGGGCCUAUUCUGGCUGACGCAUGAUCGGCCGCCGCGUGUUUGCGUUUUCAUAUCAGGGGAAGCGUUCUGUUCCGAGCAGAUGCUCCGGGACGCACAAGGAGCGUCUUGACGACAUGAUAUUACUGUUUACGCACCUGCGGCAAGAUAUGGCGAAGAACGGCGUGAAUUUCGACGGGUUCUUCAAGUGAAAGUGAAAGGUGUAGUUUGUUGUGGUGCACAAUUAUGCUUCUGCUGGUGCCCUCGAGGACAGGCUUUGAGUUUGAUAGGGUGUUGUUCGCUGCAGAACACAAAGAUACACACAUUUGAUACACAUGUUUCCUCUCUUUUUACUUUGUUUUCGCAUUCCAAAUCCAAACCAACCGACAAAACAGAGACACGAAUGGCUAUAUUUUUCAACGUUUCCAAUUUUUGGUCGAUGCAGUUUUUGGUUGAGACAAAAAA